AUGAGCGGGCGGGGCGUCGUGCGCAUCCUUGAGCCGCACGGCGACGUGUACAUCACCGGCAGCACCGUUGUGCGGCACAAAGUUGGCGACGACGGCCGUGAGUUGGACUUCUUUCCGAGCGGCUACGACGUGCAGCUGGUGCUCACAGCCAAACAUGUCUACAAGUUGCUGCAGCGCCACCCGCCGCCGCCGCCGCCAUCGUCGUCGUCGUCGUCGUCGCGGCCAGUUGACAGUAAGCGCGCGGACGGGGAGGCGGACGAGUUGCAACGGCAGCAACAGAGGGAGAGAGAGGGGGCCUGCAACACACAGCCGCCGCCACCAGCACCGCCGCCGGAGGUGAUGUGGCGCGAGAGCCUCGGGCUGGUUCGAGCGGUGGUUCCGCUGCACAAUCACCCCGCGCGUGUGUGGGCUGCAGAGCGCAACGAAGCAGGCGCCAACUGCCACGGCUUCGCUAUUGAGUACUUCAGCACGCGGAAGAAGGGCCCCAAACCGUCCGCGCAGCGCACCUUGCUGCAGCGCUACAUGGCGGAGGUGCAGUGCCGCUGCGUGGACGACGUGUUCACGGAGGUGCAGGUGACAGCGCCCGACGGCACUCCCGGCGGACUGCGAGUGCGGGAGUUUCACGUCGGCCUCGUGCGACCACCGUGGUCCGCCGGGGUGCCGCAUGUUCCCAGUGAAGGUUCCCCUUUCUUGGAGCAGGAGUGGUGCUGCCUCUUCCGUGAGGCGCGGAUGAAUUACUGGCAUGAGCGGCUUGAGGACAGUCUCAUCGCGGAGCCGGAGGUGUUUCAGUACCAAGUCUACGCCAUGGAGUUCCCUCGUGCGGCCACUUCCACUGCAGCAGGGGCGAGGAGAGAACAGCAGCCACUUCUCUGUCAACUCGUGCUCUCUACCGAGCGCCUCUAUGCUGUUCCUCGUCACAACGCCAAGCUGCUGGCGGUGGAACUGCCGCUGCACCAUAGUGAGAUGCACUCGCGGUGGUUUACCGUCGCCGCGAUGCAAUCCAUUUCCUGCAACUCUCUCACUGGUGUCAUUGUGUGCACUGGAUAUCAGCAACACGACGGACAGCAGCAGCAGGAGGAGGACUCGCGCGUGCGCCGGGGCCUGACGCACGUGAAUUCUGCAGCGGAGCCCGGCAAAGCGGUGACGCUCACGCUGGGCUUCUUCAGCGUGGCGGAGGCGGAGGAGGCAGUGGUGGAGAUCCAACGCGUGUGGGAGCUGACCCACCGCCACGCGGAUUUCCCCCUUGCAUGA